AUGGAGACAACUGGAUUAGAGACGACUCCAGGAACAGGAAAAAUACAGAUACCGGUGUAUAUCGUAGAUAUUUUUUCCAACGAUCAAAAAGAAGCGCUGGCAAAGAAAAUUGGAAAUGGAAGAUACCUGGGCAAAGUAUUUCCGCUUUCGAGUUGGUUGUCAAGAUUCUUGAUGCGUCAUUCAACUUUAUUGCUGCGAAGGCCACAAGCGACAAGUCUGAGUCGAGCCACGGCUUUUAAUCAGCACAAUGUCAGCAUGUUCUUCACGAAAUUAAAGGACGAGAUCGAGAGAUUUGCUAUCGAGUCAGCAAAUAUUUGGAACAUGGACGAGAGUGAUCUGACAACAGUGCGAAAACCCGUGGCAGUUCUUGCACAGCGUGGAAUACGAAAUCUGGGAUCUGCAACAUCGGCUGAACGUGGGGUUCUAGUCACUCUAGCUCUUGCUGUAUCUGCAGGCGGUGUGUGCUUGCCACCAUUCUACGUAUUUCCUAGAAAAAAAUUCAGGGGUGAUGUCCUUGCUGCAGCUGGUUUCGGAGCUGAUGGAGCAACCAAUCCUUCCGGAUUGAUGCAAGGAGAGCAGUUCUUGAAAUUCUUGAAUCAUUUCAAGAAAUACGCUCGCACAGCACCAGAUUCGAAGACCCUCUUGAUUUUGGACAACCGCGAAUCCCAUAUGACCAUAGCUGCUUUGGAUUUUUGCAAGGAUAAUGAAAUUAUUGUUUUAUCGCUUCCGCCUUACACGAGCCAUGAACUUCAACCUAUUGACAGGGGUGUCUUUGGGCGAAUCAAGACUUUCUACAACGCAGCUCUAGAACAUUCCAACGAUGGAGCCGAAAAGGAGAAUAAUGAUGAAGAAAACAACGAUCCUGAAGUCAGUGCUAAGGCUGCUUUGGAACACGUCAGACCUUUUCCAAAGGCUCCUCCACGUGAGCCCACGAACCGAGGCCGGAAGCGCCGAAAAUCGGCGUUAUUGAUGGACGAAGACGAAAUGGAGGCGCUGCGCGCUGAAUAG